AUGAUAAAAACAAAGGUUUCGAGGGGGCAGAGCCUAACCUCGGAGGAAGAUGUACGCUUAGUUCCACAGCUUCCUCUCCACCAAGCACAAAAUCAGCUACCAUACGCACCACUCACGGCGCCAACACCCCCCAAAUUGCCUCCAAACGAGCCACUACCACAAGACUCCACAAAAUGGGUGGCAAAAAAAAAAAAAGAAGAACUUACCCCGUCGAUAGCCUCCUUGUUCCGCACGCCUGGAGACCCACAGAGGCCUACCCACUCCAAUCACGCGGGCAACCAAGGUACUGACUCCAAGGGGACCGACCCCACAUCAAACCCCUCGGCCCCCCUCACCAUCGGGAGCCUCCGCAACAUGCUGAAAGAAGCCACGUCGGACAUUAAAUGCUACGUGGCAGAGGAGAUCAGCAAAAACCUAGCAGGCCUCAGAGCAGACGUGAAGGCACUUAACUCUGGCACCGACCAGACGGAGGUACGUAUCAAAACACUGACAGCUGCCUCCACUUCACAGUCCCAAGAAAUCUCCUACCUCCACGGCCGCCUGACUGCCAUGGAGGACAGCCUGGAGGACCUUAAUAACAGGUCAUGGAGGAAUAAUAUCCGGCUCUGCGGCCUACCCGAAGCAGUCCAGCCAGAGGCCCUGAUCACCACCCUGAAAAGUAUCUUCUCUGCAAUGGCGCCCGAACUGCCGCUAACACUCCUGGAAAUGGACCGGGCCCAUAGGGCACUGCGCCCCCCUAACCUGAAUCUCUCUACCCCAAGAGACGUUAUAAUUCGCCUCCACUACUUUCAAACUAAGGAAAAACUAAUGCAACUAGCCAGAGACCGCCCUCCCAAAUAUAAAGAUACCAGCCUAACCUUCUUUCAGGACUUGGCCCCAACCACAUUAAAGAAGAGAAGAGAUUUAAAACCCCUCACCUUGGCCCUCCACCUAACCCCGAUCACCUAA